AUGUCACUUGAACCCCGUCUCUUGAACCCAGUUUGCGACAGUGGUGAUGGCCACCAUCAAACCCUCCCAGAAAACAAACCCAGUUCAGAUCCUCUAGAAAUACCUCUGGAUCUCCCACCAGACUCUUUCUGGGUCCCAAAAGAACAAGAACUCGAUUGGAUCAAUCACAAUGCAUUCAUCGAACGCAAGGGUUCAAUCAAAGCCGUUCUCUCCCAAAACUUUAACUCCAAUUCCAUCUUAUCUCCACAACGUUCGUUGUCUAUGAAUCAUAAAUCCAAAGCAUCAAUCUUUGGACUCCCCAAGGCUCAGAAGUAUUGCCCUGUUGAUGUAAAUCUGCGUAGAAAAUGCAAGGAAGGUAAGGUCAGGUUGGUCCGAAGUAGGUCUGAACCGGACAGAAAGUGGCUAGAGCAGGGGACUGAGCCGGGGUCUCCGAGAGUUUCUUGCAUGGGGAAGGUAGGUUCGAAGAGAGGGAAGGGUAAGAGGACCGGGUUCUGGUCAAGGGUUAAGGUGGUAAUUUGGACAGGGUUUUUGACGAACCGGGUAGUAAGUAAGGGGAGUGCCGAAUUGGUUGAGCCGGAGAUUGGACCGGAUACGUUGGUGGAGCUCAAGCGGUUCGAGUCUGGUAGGCGUGAAGUCCACCAAAAGGUCCGCGGAGAGCGAAGACAAGGAACCGAAGAGAGCAAAGUGAAAAACGGACGUUGGGAUUCGGAGAGGAAGUAUUGGACUGUAACAACUGUGGAUGAUUCAAAAUAG